UCUCCUUCUAGUUUCAGCAUCAAACAGUCUGAUAAAGUCAGCUAUCGAAUUAAGAUGGCCACUAAAACUCUCUUUGUGUUCUUGAUCACUCUUACUUUUGGCCUCUUAGCAGGCUCAGCAGAAGCACAGAGCUUGAGUGUUGGUUUCUACACCAAGACUUGUCCUAGUGCUGAAGCCAUUGUGUUCGAGGAGGUGUCGAAAAUCCUUGACCUUGUUCCGAGCCUUGCUGCUCCUCUCUUGCGGAUGCACUUCCAUGAUUGCUUCGUGAGGGGAUGUGAUGGUUCAGUGUUGCUCAACUCCACAAAUGGCAAUGUGGCUGAGAAGGAUGCAAGGCCGAAUCUAUCACUGAGAGGGUACGGAGUCAUCGACAGGGUGAAGGCUAAGUUGGAAGAAGCUUGUCCUGGAAUCGUAUCGUGCGCCGAUGUCCUUGCUCUGGUGGCCAGAGAUGCAGUGGUUUUGAGCAAAGGGCCAUUUUGGCCUGUGCCGACCGGUCGAAGAGAUGGCCUCGUAUCGCUUGCCAAUGAGACAAGGCAACUGCCUCCUCCCACUUCAAACAUCACUACAUUGAUCUCCAUGUUUGGAUCAAAAGGAUUAAGUGUCAAGGACCUUGUUGUGCUAUCAGGUGCCCACACGAUUGGAAUCUCUCAUUGCACUUCCUUCAACGAUCGGCUCUACAACUUCACCGGCAAGGCCAACCUUGCUGAUGUUGAUCCAACACUCGACAAAGAGUACUUGGCGAAGCUGAGGACGAUUUGCAAACCCAACGACAACAUCACGUUCGUGGAGAUGGAUCCAGGGAGCUUCAGGACGUUCGACACGAGCUACUACAAGGAAGUAUCCAAGAGACGGGGUGUCUUCCACUCCGAUGAGGCUCUGCUGAAGCACCCCUUGACGAAAGCCUACGUGCUAAGCCAUGCCGGUGCUUCGGAGGCGGAGUUCUUCCAAGACUUUGGGAACUCCAUGAUCAACAUGGGCAAUGUAGGCGUGCUCACUGGCUCAGCAGGAGAGAUCAGGAAGAAGUGCUACGCGAUCAAUUAGACUGGGUUGUGUUCUUGACUAGGUGAGUUCUUUUUUAUUAGCUAAAGUGAAGCAAUUAAUGUUCUUUGAUUCCAUUCUUGUUGUUCCCGUUUUUGCUCCUUUUGAUUCUUUUUUUUCAACUCUUUGAUUUGUAUUGUUGAAUUUGUGAGAAUAAAAUGGAAGAACUCUACCACUA